UCCAGGCUUACUUCGGCCGCCAAGGACAGAACAGACGCGUCGGGACAGACACCGCCAACUUGGGGACGACCAGAGCAAUACAGAACAGAACAGACAAAUAUGGUCAACUCACAUAUCCUGGUGUGUGUCAUGACGUCACUGCUGAUGACGUUGUUGGUCCUGCCAACGGUCGAGUCUGCGCCUGCGCCUUACGAUGCUCAAGAUCGACUGAGCGAGUUCCGAAAUCUGCUCAAGCGGCUGGACGACGAAGAUGAAUCUUACCCCCUCACUGACCGAGAAGACGAGUACUCGAGCAAGAUGGCGCCUGAAGAACAGGAGUUGCCGUUCGAUACGGAAGGUUUCGGCUCCGAGGGGAAGGACGAGGAGAUGCAGAAAAGAGGCAAGAAGAAGAAGUACCGCACCAUCUGUAUCGACUGGACCAAGGGGACCUGGACCUGGUGCUGGAAAGCCUACUGACGAGGAAGGCGGCGUCCACAACAGCUCACCAGCAUUAAAAAAACGGCUUCAGAUUCAUGACGUCACGCAGGAAUAUUUUUGUAGUCACACAUAUGAUCAUGCAAAGUAUAGCCCGAAUGAAGAUACGCUCCGGCAUAGACUAUAGGACAUUUGUAAUGCUGUUGUAUAAGCUAAUAUAAAGCCCUGGUUGCAUACAUCGCCUAGCGCUACGAGGAGUCUUUUUUUCUGUGACGAUUGUGUCACAAGUCAUAAGUUUGAGAAGCAUCGUACCAUAUAAUUAUGUGACCGAGGCUUUAGGUUGUAAAACUAGUGAUCUCUUGAAUGCAAAAGUUAAACAGUUGCAGUUGAGCUUGUUUGACAGUGAUAUUACUAGUGUUGGUCGUUUCCUGUACCAUGUAAGCUGCCUGACACCAAUUAUAUAAGCUCUUGAACUUUUGUUCCGUAGUCUACCAGUUUGAUAUAUGUAGGAAUUGGCCUGCAAUGUAUUUUAGUGGUUAUUAGGAUUAUUAAUAAUAAACCAAUGAUGGAAAACAUGAAUGAAACAUACACCACACUGUUCUGAGACCUCACAUCAUUUAAUACAAAAUCCCCAACAAAAUGAAUCAAAGUAAACAUUUAACACUUAAGGUCCAAAUCUAUUACAUAAAAGAAAGCAUCGUAUAGAAAAGAUUUGCGCACUUUGCAAGUUUAAAGUCAAAAGAAAAACAGGCUGCGGUAAAUGUAAAAAGACUUCGUUUAUGGAAAAUUUCGAAUAAGUCAUCUGCUUUUAACAAGCGUAAAAGCAACAAAAUUAUAACAGAACUGAUUUUACUGUUUGCCAAGUAACGGUUUGUGAUACGU